AUUUACUAACCUCAAGAAGGUUAAGGUUUGAUGCCAUAGAAUUAUGUCAAAAUCUAAAUCUGCGUUAUAUUUCAGUGGCAGCCCGAGGCUUGUUGGUAGUGAACAAGUAAGUGCGAGUUGCAUUUUUCACUUUAUCUAUAUUUUUUUGGUUGAGCAAGUAAUUACUUCUAGUUCUAGUUAUUUAUCUCAGAGACGCAAGACCAUGGCGCGGUCAAAAAAAACGCCUCACAUAGGUGUGAAUGCCGCCUCGAACAAUGGCGGACCACCUGUUGGAACAACCACGGGCGACACCCACCAUGGGCAAAAAGCCGCCCACCUUCCGGCGGCCGACCAACUUCUGAAUCAGCACACGAGCCCCGCUAUGGAGCUGAAUGGUUCAGGACACGGACACGCCGUAAUAUUAAACCACGGCCAUAAUCUACUUCACGGCCAGAAUUGUUCUCAGCAGAACUACACCAGCGGUUCUUUUAGCAACUACCAAAAUUAUGCGGUUUACAACAACUCGACAUAUAAUCUUGCGGCCCCAGGAGGAGGAGGUGUAGCUCUCGGCGGAGCAGCGACUUCUGCGAGUAGCAGCAGUCACCAGAUGCUGCACCAGCCUCAGCAGACGGGAGGCCAGGUCGCGCACCGACCUUAUGCUGCGCCUUCUUACGAUGUUCGGCACCACCUUGCAGCUCAACACCAGCCGUCGCAGAAUAAAGAUAGUGCAACUUCUUCUAUCUUCGCGGGGGCUGGUGGUGCUGGUGCCAGCACAACAGCUUCGACGGGAAAUAAAGAACAAGAACAACUUGUAUUGGCAUCAAACCCGCCACAUCACGACCAGCCGCAGCACGGUUAUUUGACACCUGCUACUUCUUCACAAGAUGUACUAGCCGAAAGCAGCAUAGUCGUCGCGGAAGGCGCAGCAGGGACCGGGGCUGGUAGAAGUAGUUCUACUAGCGGUGGCGUUGUUGUAGCGAAUUCGUAUGAUACCGGAGUUCUCGCGCAGUAUCAACAAGAAAAUGCAAGCGGUAACAAGCAGAACUAUCUGCAGACAAAUAGCGUAUCCUCGUCCCACGGACAGCAAGAACUACUACAUCAUCAGCACGCAGCUAUGGCAACCCUGCUCCCGCCCAGCGCAACGACGGCGCAGAGCGUGAUGAAGAGCAAAAAUUCAAAUAUAAAUUCAUCAAAAUCAUCCGCACCGGUCAUCGUCGUGAAGCACAAGAAGCGGGCGAUGCCGGGCGAAGCAGUGGCGAAAGAGAUCCGAAAGCUGCAAAAGUCGACAGAUCUGUUGAUCCGGCGCGCGCCGUAUCAAAUGCAAAUAUGUCUGGAUCUGGAAGAUUGGGGGAGUUUGUCAUGCACAAUUGUACAUUACCCGCGUUGCCUGUAAUGCAUGCUCUAGCGUCAGCACACCUUUCGCGACGGGUUGCUCAUGCCUAUCCUGCAUGAGAAAUGUCAGCUUCGGCUGGAAAAAUUCCAAGCACCUUUUGCUGCUCAUGCAACACAGGGUUUUGUAGCAUAGAAGAUUAGCAUCACAAAUCCCAUUCUUUCCAGGCCCAGACAUAUUUGAAAUGCAUACGCCGUUCCAGCGGAUCGUGCGCGACACCGUGGACGCCCUUGAGGAUGGUUCCGGGAAGGUGCGGUUUACCAGCCAAGCAUUGCAAGCCUUACAGGAGGCGACAGAAGCCUACAUGGUGGGGCUUCUCGAGGACACAAAGUAUCAUUUUUACAACAUUAUUCCGAAGUCUUUGUUGUAGAAGUUCGACCGUGUUUGUUUCAACAUCUGUAUCGAAGCGUUUAGAUAUCAGCAGCUUUGUUUUAUCGAGUCGUCGGUUUUCGUUGCUGCGUGAUAUCUGAUAAAGCACAGGUGAAAAAUGAAAAUGCGUAUCCCAUUCGAAUGUGAUCUCCACUUCACCGUCAAAUCAUUCGCAGCUUGUGCGCCCUGCACGCGAAGCGGGUCACCAUCAUGCCAAAGGACAUGAAUCUAGCGCGACGACUGCGCGGAGACACAACAAGAAACGUAUGACAAUGCGCAACUUUUCUUCUCCCUCAUUUGUCAUGCGAUAUCUUGUUGCCAAAUCCGGUCGCCCUCGCUGAUUUGCUGCCUUGUGUCAUUAUUUGCAUGAGAAAUUGAAAUUGCAGAAGCUGGAAACAAGCACUGUAUGUGUAUUGCUAUUGACCUUGUUAUGCACAGGCGCUGUGUCCGCUGGCGUUUGUAUUGCUGUCCGUCACUUUCAACUGAGGAGGAGGGGAAGUCUUGCACUCGCAAAGAACAAGGAUGACGGUCAUUUAUAAUCAAGUGAUGCUAGUAGUACUAGUAGACCGAAACCCAUGCCCAUCGCGACGGGGGACUACAUAAUGCCACGUGUUUAUCAGACCGAGGCAACAAGAAAUGCAUUUCAAAAGUUAAGAGUGACCACGACCAGAAC